UCUGACGUAGGCUUAGCCGCCCUAGACGUCCUCUUGGUGGAAGGUGGCCAAGCAGCCUUUCAGGCAAAUCUGAGGGACGUUAUGCCACAGUUCAUUCAAUGCUGCUGCUGCUGGGGCUCUCUGCGAAACACAGAAUGGACUGUCAACACAGAAACAUGACUGCCUGUGCCACGGCCAGGGCGACUCACAGAGAUAACGCUGCUACAGACAGUCCAACAUGCCACGAAGAGUCUCUGUCGCAGUCACGGGAAAUAAUCAAACCCAGCAUCACGGAGCUGACCAAAGAAGUGAGGACCAACAUCCUCUGCACCGUGAAAGGAUGUGGCAAGAUUCUCCCCAACACACCUGCGCUGAACAUGCAUCUGGUGAAGUCCCACAGAGUAAAGGAUGAUAUGGUCAAUCCCACGGUCAGAAAGGACAUGAAGGGCUCUCAGAAGCUUUACUGCUGCCCCAUUGAGGGUUGUCCCAGGGGGCCAAACAGACCCUUCUCCCAGUUCUCCCUGGUUAAACAACACUUCAUGAAGAUGCACGCAGAAAAGAAACACAAGUGCUUCAAGUGCAACAAUGGCUACAGUACCGAGUGGGACCUAAAGAGGCACAUAGAAGACUGUGGGAAGACCUACCACUGUACAUGUGGCUGCCCAUAUGCUAGCAGGGCUGCACUACUCUCACACAUCUACAGGACAGGUCACGAGAUCCCUACAGAACACAGAAUUCCUCCAGUAAAAAAGAGAAAGAUGGAGAAACUUUUAAGUGGUUCUGAAAAGGUUAAGGCCAGUGAGGUAACCUGUCACAUCCUGUCCACUAGUAAAGAGCUGACCGAGACUGCUCUCCCUUCUGAUACAGCUGUUCAUAUCCCAGACGUGGUGAAUCUGAACUCCAACCCCCGCAAGAACCUCCAGAAGUUGCUCUUACCAAAGCCCAAGAUGGCUCUUGUAAGUGUUCCUGUGAUGCAGCUUGCCCACCUGCCUGUCCUUCUCCCGUCUACAGAAAGUGGGGCUCUGAGGUCUGUAGUGCUUGCAGUGGACAGCCAAGGCUCGGUCAGCACCCUUCAUCUCCUGCCACAAGCCACAGGAGCUGUGGUACCCCAGCUUGAUGCUAAGAGUUUGGGUUUCAAGGAUAGCAUGCCUACCUCCCGCUCUAGCUUGGGACCCAUUAGCACAGGGGUGCAGGUCAGUCUGGACCCUGAAAGCACAGAAGACUCAGCCAGCAGCCUGGCAGGACCACGGGGAAGAAGCACAUCCACCACCAUUCAAACGGACAAGUCAUACUUGUCAAAAAUGCCCACAGGAGUCGGAAUUGGGGAGGGAAUAGGCUUGUGCUCUGUGGGUGAGUCCUCAGUGUCAUCCUGCUCUCAGACGGACAUCAGUGUGAGUGCCCAAGUCCUCCUGCCAGUCAGUGUUGAAACCCAGACGUUCUCCUCUCGGGCCAAAGCCACAUCCUCUAUUGGAGCUCAGACAGACAGCCAGUGCAUGAGCCAAAUUUCUUGCUCCUCCUCCUCAUCUGUGCCCCCAUACAAAACUAGGCAGACACAGACAUACUUUGCCAUGCCACAAUCAGAGGAGAAGGCCCAGGAUCAGACUAUCAUGUGCUCUGACCUAUUUGGCAGUGUCUCCACCCAGACAGCUCUGGACAUGGACGACCCCCUCACCGCUGCAGGAAGUAGUAUAUAUGAGGACUCGAAGUCAGCAGGUGGUAUGUGUUUUGGGGUGCAGACAGAUGAGCUCAACUCAAACAACAUGGCAGACAACCAGACCCAAACAAUGACCUUAUUCAGUGACCUAGAAAAUAUUCUGUCCGACAGCAUGUCAGGCCACCAAGUGCUCACUGAGGCCUCUGCAGGCUGUGGGUCAGGUCUGGGCUCUGUUCAAGAGCAACACAAUGGAAUUGACUUUGACUUUGAAGAGUUUCUUAAUGCUGUGCACAUCCAGACGCAGACAGAGGAGAGUGAGCUGGGAGGACUGGGUGGUGACACACCACUGGAGUCUCUGGACAUCCAGACCCAAACAGACUUCCUCCUGAUGGAUGAACUGGACCAAAGUGAGGGACCAAGUCGAACUCAAGCCAGCGACCUGGAGCUAUUUGACACUCAAACUCAGACAGACCUGAAUUUCCUGCUGAACGCUGGAAGCCACAUGCCCCUGAGCAGCAUCCUGCGCCACUCAAGCUUUUCUAUGAGCACCGAGUCCUCAGAUACAGAAACACAGACUGAUCUCCCUUCAUUUGCCACUGGUCUUUCUGCUCAGACCCCUGUUUGUCAGGGCGAGCAUGCAAGGCUGCUGAACAGCACCGAGACACAGACUGUGACUAGUCAGGCAGAAGGCCUGGGACACCUCUUUCUGACAAGCAACGAAACACAAACUGUCAUGGAUGACUUCUUGUCAGCAGAUCUGGCGUGGAAUAUGGAGUCCCAUUUCAGCUCUGUGGAAACGCAGACAUGCGAGGAGCUUUGUGCUCUCUUUCAGCACCCUGAGAAACCCAACAGCUGAAGCCCUCAUCAUGAAGCUAGCCAAGCUUUUGCAGUACAGCUUUCUCAUGUCUGCUUCUCCCCAUGAGAGGAAUCAGUCUACACUGUCCUCCGGUGGACCACAGUCUUAGCACUAAGAAGUCUGCGAAAAUAUCUUUGAACAUUCCACUGGAGACAUCAUGUCCAGGUAUAUAUCCUGACAGCUCCGCUGCACUUUAUUAGCUCAACGGGCAUGAAUUAUCAAUUCCUGUGACAGUUUACAUAUUUAUUUGCACAUAAAGUAACAUAUUGUACGUGUCUUGUCCGAAAUUCCAGUUUACUUACUAUAUCUCAGUGUAUAACCACUGUGACUGGUUUUCACUGUUUGGUCUUACUAGCAGUUUAAAACUCAAAGACUCAACUUUAAAACUCAACUUAACAUUUUGUUAAUGUUAGAUCUGAGCUUAAAAGGGAUGACAUCUUUAGCUGUGCGCGCAUCAAGAAAAGGCUUAUAAAAUUAUGAGCCCGUAUGACAGCUUUCAGAUAUGCAUACACUGCAUGAAACUGAUUUCAUCUCAGCUUAACAGCAAACAACAACGUGCAUUAAGUUUAAGUAUGUUCGUAAAUGUGCAUGAAGCCUUUACUUGGUCAGCAGCACAGAAGCAUAAAAUAUGUAUUCUUGGCUUGAGCGUCUGAUGUUGCCUUGUCAGGGGCAGCACAACUAUAAACACUGAAUUAUAUCCUGCAAGCUUUGCAGCCAGUGGAAAACUUUGAGACCAGUGAGAACCUAUAAGCUUUAUGUUUUCCAAAAUAAAACCCCACAAAGCCUUCAACAAUGAACAAGGCAUUACUCAACGGCAUUAAGAAGGAUUUCUGAACAUACCGUUACUCAUACAAUUGUGGCACAAGUAAAAAUGAAAUGUUUGUCUCGUCGAGUUGUUGCACACUUAUUUCUUUUAAAUGUAAAUUGUGAAGUAUGAUCUUGUGUAAACAAUUUUUUGUGUCCGGGCCUCUAUAGCUAAGCAGUCAGUUCUGAGUCAGUAAGCAGACUAGGCUGUCAUUAUCUUUGACUUAUUCAUUAGCUGGGUGUAAGUGUAUACAGUAGCAGUACUCAGUGCUGAAGUGAUCCAGUAAUGUUACUGUACAGAAACACGUAGUGGAUUAGAACAAGGAUUAGCAUAGAGUUAUUGUACACAUUCACUACCUGAUUUUGACUGAAAGGAGUCCCGUUCAAUAUCUUUGGUUAAAAUCAUCAGAUUUUCCACCCUUAACAGUUAGACACCGUAUUUUUAUUUAUUUUUUUCUCUUCUCCAAACAACUAAACGUCAUGUUUUGAUUAUAUUUUUCAUUAUACUGUUGCACUGAGUUACCUCAUAAAGCCACAGGCACCACAUGCAGACUAAGUUCUAAGUCUGAGGAACCUAGAGCUAUCUGCCUGAUUAUCCGUUUGUUUUGUUACGUUGGUGCCUUAACACAAGUAUUUAGCUCAAUUCUGUUCCACACAAUUUGCUGCUUUCUGAUCAUUAAUAUAAUUAUACUACGAUAUGUUUUGGAAAAUUAACAAACACUGAAAAAUUGUCAGAAUCCUUUCAGUCUUUGCUUUGCAUGUUUAAUCCAUCCUGUGUUUGUGCUUUCUGUCGCAUGAACUAUUAGAAUGUCCCUAAUCGUUCUCCAUAGUUUCUAUGGAAAUAUUUCUGUUCUGUCACAUGAAAAUAAUGCUAUGCAGCAUUUAAUUUAAGAGGAUUUGUUUGUCGUCAGCUCAAUAUUUUUAUGGAAGGAUGGUUAAUGCUGUUACAGUUUAUAGAUGUUUGUAGAAACCGAAGAAUGUACAGAACACGACACUGUGCCCAAGGAUAACAUGCUCUAUUUUUUUUGCACCACAUCCAAACAGAAUAAGGAUGAUUUCCCUCUGUUGAUAUAGAUUUUGACACUCACAUAAAAUUUCAGCAUUUCUUGUACUGAGUUUAGUACUUCUAGUUUGUGGUUCUUGAAUUUAAAUAGAGCAUAGCGGCUCCCUGCUGAUUUAGUGGGACAUGCUUUGCUUUAAACAGAACUAUAUGUAGAAGCCUUGUCAGUCUCAAGUGUCAGUUACAGUGCUUUAUUUUCUCUCUGCUGGGAGUGCAUGCAGAUAUUUCUCCCAGCAUAAAAUAUUUGUUUUAGCACAAUUUGAGUUUCUGUUGCCUAUAUGUGUAGAUUUAAUGGUUGCCUUGAUACAUGUUGACGCUACACUACAGAUGUUCUUAAUAAACUGCUGGAAAGUGUA